ACUAAAUUCAGUUGAAAAGCUGUAGGUUUUUCUAAAAAUCACUAGAUACGAUCAAAUGUACUACGUCGACAUGAUAACAGAUUGUCAGGAAUGCCCUUGAAAACUGGCAACGCAAUUAAUCGACACGUGUUGGGCGCUUAUUUUGUACCUAGUCUCAACUUUUAGACAUUAGAAAUGGGACUUUUGGAUAUGGAUUUAUUUGCUGACUUUAAACGUAUGAACAAAAGACAGGUAUACUAUCAGGUGUUAACCAUUGCUAUGGUUGUAGCCUCUGCCCUAAUGAUCUGGAAGCUUUUAGUAGUUAUUAGCUAUAGCGAAAGUCCUUUAGUAGUUGUCUUAAGUGGCAGUAUGGAACCUGCAUUCCACCGGGGUGAUGUGUUGUAUCUAACUAAUUAUCCUGAUGAGCCCAUCCGAGUUGGUGACAUCGUUGUAUUCAAAAUUGAAGGGAGAGAAAUUCCUAUUGUUCAUCGCGUUCUGAGACUGCACGAAAAUGUCAACGGUACCAUCAAGUUUCUCACAAAGGGAGACAAUAAUCCUGUUCAUGAUCGUGGUUUGUAUGCUCCUGGUCAAGAUUGGCUGACACCAUCCCAUCUUAUUGGACGAGCUAGAGGAUUCAUACCUUAUGUUGGUCAAAUCACCAUACUUAUGAAUGAAAAUCCCCGUCUUAAAUACUCUGUCUUAGGCGUUAUGGGUAUCUACUUAUUAUUGAAUAGGAAUCAAGAGUAAUAAAACUUGUACAAAUGUACAGAAACAUUAUAUAUAUAUAUAUAUAAGUUUUAAUUCCUAUGUAACCAUAGUCACUUUUUUAUUUUAUGAAAACUAACCACUGAUCGUGUUGUUGUUCAACUGCUAAUGACAAGUCAGACGCCUUUUUAGUCAAGUGAUUUGUACUUCCUUUUUGUUGCUACUGUUAUUGUUGUUUUGUUUUUUUACUUCUAACCGUGAUGCUUAUUGUCGAUGUGUUUGAAGUUAAUUUCAGGUUUAUUAUUUUUCCAAACAAAGCGCUAUCUCUCUGGGGGUGGAGGUAUUUUUUUCAUCGUCUUUCUCUUUAACCUCUGGCGACCUUUAAUUAUUCAAGCUAACGUCCAUAGAUAUGAGGCGAUAACUGAGCAGUAAUAAUGGUGCUCAAUUUUCGG